AUGCCCUCAGCAGGGCACACGGCUCCCUACGGCCUGGGGAGCCCGCCCAGGCGGCGCAGGAGGUCGCCGGGCAGGUGCCAGUGCUCGCACUCCAGGGACAACAUCUGUGCCACCUUCUGCCAGGGAAAGCCUGGGUACCUCCAGAGUCUGAAGCUCCCAGUGAGUUCUGCAGCAUCAACGAGGUCCCCACAGAGUGGUGACAUGAAGCCUCCCCAUCAUGGCCUACUGAGGGCUCUCAGGGACCUUGCUGCCUCUAGCCUGCGCUCUGGGAAACAUCCGCAGCGCUCCCGGAGGGACGCCCAGCCAACGGCUCUGCCUUGGAGGAAAAACAUCUGGAAGAAGAAGAGAUAAGGAACAGGUGCAUCCCAAGUUCACCAGAAGAAUUUGGAGUCCUGUGGGUGCCACCAGCUCUGCUGUCAGUAGUUAGAGCUGAAGGAAAGGCCGUGAGUGGAAGGGAAGAAGUGGAAGUGUCUGUGCUCCUGUUGCUGACCCAGCACUGCCUGUACUCCAGAGACUGUUGUAAAGGGAAAACUCUCUAUACAGCCCUAGAUGUGUUGUGGAGCUGAAUUGUGCCUUUUUGGAUCAGGCAAGGGUCUUGCUGGAGGAGUACGAGCUUAACUGUGCUCUGGAGUCGUGGGCAGAGGGUGGAAUCCCAGCCCAGGUGGUUCUGUGCAGGCUGGAUGUGCCAGCACUGAGCCCAUGUCUCUGGCCUGCUCUGCUCUGCCUUUGAGCUGUGUCUGAGCAGGGCCCAGCUCCUUUCAGAGGUGCUCUGGCUGCUCUUGUUGCUCAGGGAUGAGCUGCCUCCAGCCUGAGCCCGACUUUGCACUAUUUUCUCUUGUCAGUCAGUGCCUGU